CAGAUAAGGACAAGUUUUUCGAGAUAUAAAAAAUACUGUAUGCUAUUAUGGAUGAAGAAAAGGUAGGUUAAAUGACACUAAAUAUUUGGGAAUGUAACUAAGGAAAACGUCAUUUAAGAUAACAUAGGCUAUUGCAAAACAAAUGUCUAAUUCUCUCUAUUAAGUCAAUCACCAGUUUAGCUCUGAUAUGGCUGUAGCUCUAUGAUGUCCUUUGCAAGAAUCUAAUCUGACAUUGACAUGAAAUUCCUAUGUCCUUCAGGUAGUACAGAGAGAUGAUGAGGAUCCCCCGAGGGAGGGGAGGGAGGUUGUUGAGGAAGAACCAGUGGCCCAGCUCAAGAAGGAGCCCAAGAAGACAGGAAAGGCAAUGGCAAGUGAUCUAUAAAGGAUUUAAAAAACCUAUGACAAAGGAACAGCUUGCAAAAUUGUGCAAGACCAUUGUCAACUUCAUUGCACAGACCACCCUGCAGAUCCUGCUGCCGGCCCUGGCCUGCAUUCUAGGGGUGACGGGCUUUUAUGACAACGCUGACUCACUCAAGAGGGGUGGCAGUGCAAGAUCCUUCACUGCCUUUGAGUAGAAAAGACUGGAGCUCAUCCAGGAAGUUAAAUAUUUGGCGAAGUAACUGUGGCGGCAGGGCUCUCCGACCAAGGUCUAGCACACCCUCUUCCAAGAGUUCCCAGACCUCACUGAAAGUCCACCUGGGAAUGCCAGAGGACAGUAUCAUCAGCAGUGUCCAGGAGCAACUGUCAAAAUCUGACCAAAUGGUGGCUGCAGGACAGCUUUCACAAAUAGAUAAAGUGGUUGGAACUAUGCUGGAGAACAUUGAGAAGAUAAGCAGCGAAUGUGGCGAGGAAUUGGUCUAUCAAGAGUCACUGCGGUCUUCCUCCUCGUUGUCAUUCUCAACUGCCAAAUCACAGAAGACAGAGUGGGAAUUUGCACUCCCAUUCCUUCUGAGUUACCCGAGAGUACUGCUCAGCCCAUUGUAAGAUGCUCAGUCAUUGACAUGAGCGAAUCUACUAAGCCAAAAACAAUGGUGUGUGAUGCCAGAACAAGCAUGUUUGCCAUAGCCGAUACCAUCAUGAAGAAGGUAUAUCCAGAGGCAGAAGGGCAGGUUACAUCUCACCCUGAUCUAACAGAUCCAAUAGCUAGACUGGAGGAGCUCAUAUCUCAGGGUAGGAUUGGUGCUCUCUCCCGUGAUCUCAGUCACCAAGUCAACCGCAUAAUUUCCGAUAGCAACUUGACCCCUCUGGGACUGACAGUGGCGGCUGGAAAGAGUGCAUCUGAUACCAUCCUUUCGAAGCUGAAGAGGAAUGACAAGGUGGGGAAGCACACAACUUACGAGCUGGUUCAGCUGUUUGUAGAGGAGUCUGUUAAGUGCCUCCUGCUUCCUAGUUUUGUGCCCUAUUCAACUUCAAUGAGUUUGGCUCAGGGGGCCAAGGUGUUGGCUAGAGUGUCUGAAGAUAGAAUUUCUAGCUCUUCUUCUUCAUCAGUAUUUAGUGACACAGUCAGUCUCUUUACCAAAGUUAUGGUAAGCCAGGUCAUGUACUCUGUGGAUUCUGAUGCAGAAAGUAGAGGAUCCUCUCCAACUGAAUCUCUCCAAACAUCUGAAACCACUAUAUCUGAUGUAGGCAAUCUAUUGAGUGGCAAGUCCUCCCCUCGGCUGUCUCCUUCUGGCACCAUUAUGGCAACAAGCGAGACCUCCAAUGCAGCACAAAUCUUGAAGGCCAACAUUGAUGGAGAGGAAGUGGAUUCCACCAGUCAUUCUGGUGUAGCUCAAAACAUUGUCAGGGACGAUAUGUCAACCAGCCCAGACAUGGUCAAAGAUGUCACACUUCCAACCCCAUCCUCUGAUAACUUGGGCAGUGAUGAUGACGUCACCGGCCUCAUCAGCAUGUUAGUAAUGAGAAUUCUAACAGAAAUCCAAACCCCAGCAGAAGAUUACCCAGUUGACGCAAGUCACAAGACCUGAUCCCUAAAGUUAUGGAGGUCUUCUGUGCAUGGUCAGGCUGCUCUGAGACACAAGCCUAUCCAGAGAACUUGAGGAUUCAUAAAGUCUACAGAGUCGUCUAUAAAAAUCUGUUGGAGGAGUUUGGCUCGGAGAAAAUCCUCCAACAGGCCGUGUCGACUCAGGACUCUUCAUUUGAUAGGAUUCUUGUCAAGUCUUUGAGUGAAGCGCUUCUCCACAGAUGUAAUGAGGCAUUGAGGGCAGCCUCAAGAACAUCAGUCAAAACCACUGGGCCUAAGGCUCUUCCACUGGCUGAGGAUGUGAGGGCUAGCAGCGGGAAACUAUCUUUUCUACAAAGGCUGGUCAGGCUGACAAGCAACUUAAAGGUACAGCAAACGUAUUUAAAUGAACAGUUGUGAGUAAACAAUGCUAUUCAGUGUAAAAAUAUAAAACCAUCCGUUCAUUCCAAAACCAAUCAUAAAUGUUGUUGUGCUGGUGUGGUAGGUGUGAUUGUUAUCAUCAUGAGGUUGUUCAGCUGUGACAUUUUUUAAAACAUGUUUUUCUCUUUAAAUACUUAGCUAUUCAAGAAGGGGAACAAGAAGGAUUCCC